AAGCUUGUUUCAACUUUUCUUCCUUGAGGAGAAGGAAGCUUGAGGGGAAAGUAUUGAUGCUAGUCUAAUGUUGAUUGGUGUGGUUGUAAGCUGUUAAACAGUUGGAGAGAGCAGAGCUGGUUGUAGGCUUUAUAAAAGACAUUGAACCUUAUGUAAUAUGGGUGUUGUGAUUGAAUAAUAACUGUUCUCCUUCUUAAGUCUCUCUAAUUCUUUAAUAUUCUUUCUCUUCUUCUCCUCUUCUGUAUUUGUCUUUCUAAAAUCUUCUUAGGUUGCAUCAAUCUCUUUCUUAUAUUCUUCAGAAGCAAGCUAAAAAGAGUUCGCAUAGCCAACUCAGUUCCCUUCAUCAAUUUCCAGACUUUCCUCAAACAUCAAAUCUGAGAUGUUUGGUGAUAAUGUCAACGGUGAGAUCAAACAUGUUGAGAUUGAUUUUGCUUUGCUUUGCAAAAUCUUUCAAUGUGACCAUGACAGUGGCUGUACAACUAAACCACAGCACAAAGUGUUGGAAGAUGAAAGCUUAAAAACAUACAUUCAAGAACAAAAAAUGGAAGCAUAAAUUCUGUUAAAAACAUUAUUUAAAACAGAGUAAAAGAGCUGGAUUUUUCUAAUAAAAGAACACAACAAAGUGCUUUAAACAUAAAAUAGAAAUGAAAGUUGGAAAGAAGAACACAAAAGUAUAAACUGCAUUACUUAAAAACAGGGGAUACAAAUAGAAAAUUCUCUCAUUUUCUUUUCCUUUUUUUUUCUUCAUUUUCAGACUUAUCUCCAGCAUGCUCAUCUCACUACUCCACUGCACCACACUCUCCUUUUUACGGGCGAAGGGAAGCCUUCUUCAAGUCAAUAAAUCCACACUAAAUACAAGGCAAACUUCCUAAAUUUAAGCCUACAAAUGUGGAGAAUCACCCCUUUUUAACAGAACACAACACUUCACAUCAGGAAAUUUGCUACAGAAAAAUAUCUCAACUUCCAACACAAAGUCAGAAACAUGUUUCUUAUUUUCCUUUUUUACCUUUUAUUUGGGCAGCUUAAGGCUCUCUACUAUACUCAAGACUCAGGGAAAGAAAAAAUCUCAAACUCUAUUAUAAUCAACCCUGAUAUUAAUUCUUCUGAGCUCCUUGCUUCUAGUCCUCUUCCCAUCUUGUCUUUCCAUUGCUGUCAUAACCUUAAAACAAUCCAUCACAGGCAGCAAUCUUUUACUCUCCAAAAAAAGAAAUUUUGCCCCGGGAUUUUUCGGUCUGGGCAACUCUAAUUAUAAAUAUCUUGGCAUUUGGUAUCACAAACUACCAGGACAAAACGUCGUGUGGGUUGCAAUUAGGAACAAUUCAUUUAAUGACUCUUCAGGGGUCCUUUCGGUAAGCCCAGAUGGGAACCUUUUGCUCUAUGAUAGCCCGUGUUGACGCACUUGAAUUAGCUGAGGGUGAAAGCAAAUCCAAUCAUUUUCUUCAAAAGAAGGGAAAGCUGGUUGUUGUGGUACCAUCUUUCAUUUCUGCAUGGCUUGUCAUCAUCAUAUUCAUCUAUUUCUGGUUCUGGAGGAGGAGAAAAACAGGGAUAAGGAAUAACAUAUUGAGCAAGAAGAUAUUUGAUUCAAGUAUUGGCUCAAAUUACUAUGAAGAUUCUUUGGAGGAAAAUGGGCUUAGGGGAAGUAGGAAUCAACCAGACGUGAUAUAUUUUGAUUUCAGCACUGUUCUUGCUGCCACUAACAAUUUCUCUGCAACCAACAUACUUGGACAAGGUGGUUUUGGCUCUGUUUAUAUGGGUAAGCUAUCUAAUGGACAGGAGAUAGCUGUAAAAAGAUUGUCAAAAAAUUCAAGACAAGGAAUUAGAGAAUUCAAAAAUGAAGUUAUGUUGAUUGCAAAGCUUCAGCACAGGAAUCUUGUGAAACUUCUAGGUUGCUGCAUUCAGAAAAAAGAACAGAUGCUAAUAUAUGAGUACUUGCCAAACAAAAGUUUGGACUCGAUCCUUUUUGAUAAAAAAAGAAGAGUUUUGGAUUGGGGAAGGCGCUUCACUAUAAUUGUUGGGAUUGCUCGUGGGAUCUUAUAUCUUCAUCAAGACUCGAGAUUAAGAAUCAUCCAUAGAGAUUUAAAAAGUGGCAACAUUUUAUUGGAUUCUGAUAUGAACCCAAAAAUUUCAGAUUUUGGUAUGGCAAGAAUAUUCAAAAGUGAUCAAAUUCAAGACAAGACAAAUAGAGUUGUUGGGACAUACGGUUAUAUGUCACCAGAAUAUGCAGUAUUUGGAAAAUUUUCAAUAAAAUCUGAUGUAUUCAGUUUUGGGGUUAUAUUAUUAGAGAUGAUAAGUGGAAAGAGGAGCAAUGGCUUUAUCCAAGAGGAUGCUUCGUAUAGUUUGAUCGGGCAGGUGUGGGAGUUAUGGAGAGAAGGCAGAGCAUUGGAAAUAGUUGAUUCAUCAUUGGAGGAGUCAUAUAAUCCUCAAGAAGUCUUGAGAUGCAUUCAAAUAGGACUCAUAUGCGUGCAAGAAAAUGCAGUGGACAGACCUACUAUGUCAGCUGUUGUUCUAAUGUUGAGCAGUGAAACAACUCUUUCUUCUCCUAAACAACCUGCUUUUGUUUUCAGGAAUUCUUUAAACACUACCAACUCAAGAGUAGGAGAAGGAUCCUGUUCUGUCAAUGAAUUGUCAAUUACUGCAGUUACAACUCGAUAGUUUCUGAAUUUAUGUACGAUUAAUCAUAUGAUGAUAUUCUAACUGAGAUAUAUUGUACAGAAUUAUCAAGAGGAAUUUUAAUUUAUCAUUUAACCA